AUGAGAGUGAAAAGAGCUUACGUUGUGGUCUUGAUUUUAUCCCUUCUAAUUGUGGAUGAAUCUUCCCCUUUUCUUCUCCCACCAGCUUCAGCUAAUGUACUGGCCAUUUUACCGUGGGGGUUAAAAAUAUUAUCCAGAACCCUAAAUUUUAGAACUAUUUCCAGAGCAUUAGAUAAACUGAGAUCAUUCUUGCGUUCCAAUGGUGGUCGUCGUCUUCGAAUAGGAGACUUCGUCGACGGCAUAUCAAAGAUUAAAGACUAUUUUGACCUGUUCGGUUACCUGAAUUCCGCUUUGAAUUCAAACUCCACCGAUGAAUUCACCGCCGAUCUCGAAUCGGCAAUCAAAUACUUCCAGAAGACGUUCCACCUCAAUGUCACCGGCCAACCCGACGACGCCACCGUUUCAUUGAUCAAGCUGCCGCGAUGCGCCCUUCCUGAUGUUAACAUCAAUGGCUCCUCCGCUGUGCUGAAGAAAGAGCUUACUUAUGCUUUUUCGCCUGAAAAUGAAACGGCGGCGUCGUUUAAGGACGUCUUUGCGGAUGCCUUUCGCCGGUGGUCAAGCGUGACGCAGUUGAACUUUUCAGAGACUACGUCGUUUAACGAAGCUGACAUUCAAAUCAUGUUCUCAACGUUGGACGAUGAGCUGGGAGUCGUCGGCGGCGUCUGGUUGGAUAAUACGACGGAGAGGCGGAAGGUCGUUUUGGACUCCGAUGAGGAGUGGGUGUUGCCGAGCGAAGACCUGACGGAGGACGACGAACUGGACCUCGAGUCAACGGUGAUGCACCAGAUCGGUCAUGUGUUGGGGCUGAACCAUUCGGCGAUAGAGGAGGCGAUUAUGUACCCUUACAUCGUGCCAUCGCGGAAAAGGAAGGUGGAUUUUGCUAAAGAUGAUUUGGAGAAGAUUCAGCAACUCUACAGUUCGAAAUAG